UCUUUCCAAAGCUUCUUCUAAAUUUUCUCAAGUUUUCUAUCCUCUUUAAUGGCUAUGGAGGAUUUUCUCGCCUUUCCAGCUUUAUCACUAACUCUCCCCAUCUUCACUUUCUUUCUCUUCUUAUACACUCUCACUCGGAAAACCAAAACACUCAACCUACCUCCGGGCAGCUACGGGUGGCCGAUCAUCGGUGAGACUUUAGCCUUCGUAAACCAAGACCAUCACAAGUUCAUUAGCCAAAGAAUGAGAAAAUACUCGCCAAAGAUCUUCAAAACCAACAUCUUGGGCGAGAAAGCAGUGGUGAUAUGCGGCGCCGCUGGCCAUAAAUUCGUUUCUUCAAACGAGGAGAAGCUUUUCCAGGUAUGGCGACCCCAUUCCAUGCAGAGACUCUUUCAUACCUACACAGAGAAAUUCAACUCGGCUGCCGAGAUCCGACUCGUCAAAACCCCGGGCUUCCUUCGGUCCGAGUUGUUGCUCGAGUACGUGCAAGUAAUGGACUCUUUAGUCGCCCAACACUUCAACACGUAUUGGACUAAUAAUAAAAAAGUCAUCGAGGUCCAUCAUUUGGCUCAGCUUCUAGUUCUAAACAUUUCGAGCCAAUACUUCUUAGGCUUAGAAGACCAAGCCCGGAUUCAGAAGCUGUCCAAGUUGUGGGACACCAUGAUGUUUGCUCUUCAUGUCAUUCCAUUGAAUUUUCCGGGAACCAUUUACUACCGGGCCAUGAAGGCGGCGAAGAUUGUCAGGGAAGAGCUUAAGGUUUUGAUAAAGGAGAAAAGAGUGACCAUGGCCGCUGGAGUUAAGAUGAACGAUGUUUUGUCGUUCAUGAUGAAUAAUCCUGACUCCACUGGUCGAUACGUAACUGAUGAUGAAAUCGCCGGUAAAGUUAUGGGCUUGGUUUCCGCCGCCUUCAAUUCUCCGGCGAUGACUACCGCUUUCAUUGUUAAAUAUCUUGGACAGAGACCCGAUGUAUAUGACAAAGUCCGAAAAGAACAAGAGGAGAUUCGAAGGUCCAAAAAAGAAGGAGAGGGACUAAAUUGGGAGGAUAUACAGAAGAUGAAGUAUUCAUGGAACGUAGCACUUGAAGUGAUGAGGGUGAUUCCACCUCUUCAAGGAACUUUUAGAGAGGCCAUUGUUGAUUUUACCUACGAAGGUUAUACUGUCCCAAAAGGCUGGAAGGUAUACUGGACAAUGAGCACAACAAACAUGAACUCAGAGCAUUUCGAAGCACCGGAAGAGUUUGAUCCAACAAGGUACGAGAAAUCAUCAAGUGUGCAACCCUACACGAAUAUCCCAUUUGGAAGUGGGCCGCGGGCUUGUCCUGGCAAAGAGUUUGCUCGGCUUCAACUCCUCACUUUCAUGCACCACCUCCUCACCAAAAUCAACUACUGGGAUGUCCUUAAUCCCCACACCAAGGUUUUGGGUGGCUUGAAUCCCAUACCCAUUCAAGGCCUUCAUAUUCGUCUUCAUUAAAUCAAUACAUAUAUACACCCAUGUCUACACGACUCACCAUGUCACCAUACCUAUA